AUGUCAUUCUUAAAUUUUGAAUUAAAAUAAAACACUCGUGAUUAUGAAAAGGAUAAAUUAGGUCCUGAUAAAACUUCAAUUAUGAUAAACCCAAAAUAAGGAUCUAAUAGUGAAAUCUAAUUUUAUUCUGAAAUAAGUGUUAUAGAUAGUAAUAGGCCAGUGCAAUAGUCAAGCUUAAUAAAACCUUUAGGAUAAAUAAAAAAAGAAUCCUCAGGGAGAUAACUUAGAUUUAAUGUAAAAUUAUUUUCAAAUAAGUAUAGACUUAAUAGAAAACUGUUAAAAUUGAUUAAAUGGCCAAUAAAAUUUCUAAUUUUCGUAAAGCUAUUCAUUAAAAUGAAGAAAACAUAAAAGUUAUUUAAACAAAAUUUUGGAAUAAACUUUUAGAAGCAGCAUAUAUAUGGAGAAAAGAUAUAUUCAAUUACAAUAAAGAUAUUAUAAAUAGUUUAUUUUCUUUUGAUUCUAAAGAAUAGAAUAAUGGCGAAAUAAUUAAUUCUCAUUAAGGAAUUUUAGGACUAAAAAUAGAAGUGUUAUUGCCAUCUUAAAUCUUUGUGAAAUUAUGGGAUUUAAUAGCAAUAAUAAUAACUGCAAUCACAUUAUGGUUUUCUUCAUUUAUAGCUACAUUUAAUUUAUUUGAAUAAAACUUUUACAGAGUAAUAAUUUACUUAUUCAUAACAUUUUUUUUUAUAGAUGCUUUUAUAAUAUGUCAUAAAGCAAUAAUUUUAUAGGGAGAACUGAUACUAAAUAAAAGAAUAAUAAUUUAAUAAUAUCUUAGAGGUCAUGUUUAUGGUGAUAUAAUAAAUUGUUUAAUUUGGGUAAUUUAAAUAUCUCAUAUUGAUGAUAUUCAUGCAAGACAACUACUUUCUUUAAUUUAAACAGUGUUUAUAAUAAUUAAAUUAUACAGUCGUUUAAAUAACUAUAUUGAUUGUUUAUAUAUGAGUGGAAGUUUGAGUGAAUUAAUAGAUUUGAUAAUCUUGAUUAAUUGUAUAUUCUUUUGUAUUCAUAUAUUUGCAUGUUAUUGGACAUAUAUAGGAUUUGCUACAGAAGAUUAAGGGAUUAAUUGGUUGAUAAAGAAUUCAGUAGAAAAUAAAGGACAUUGGAUUUAAUAUAAUGUAGCAAUAUAUUGGGCAACUAUGACAAUGGUAACAGUUGGAUAUGGUGAUGUAACAGCUGGAAAUUAGUAUGAAAUUUUAUAUUCUAAUUUUGCUAUGUUUAUCAGUAGUUUAGUAUUUGCAUAUUCAAUGAAUUCAAUUGGAAUAAUAAUUAAGAAUAUAUAAGUAUCAUCAAGUUUCUAUAAGUAAUAUUUGAUAUGUAUUUUUAGGAAAAACUUAAUUUUAAUGAAUACUUAUAUGAAAAAUAAUCUGGUUUCAGAUUCUAUUUAAAAUAGAGUGAGAAACUUUUUGAAAUAUUAAGCAGAAAAUAAUUAAUAAGCAAAUACAUAAGAUGUAUAAUAUAUAUAUUCUAUUGAUAGAUUCAUAAUAUUAUUGAUGAUUUUCCACCUUUACUUUAAGAUGAAUUAAAAUAAGAUAUUAAAUUAAGAAUACUUAAAUAAAUUAAAUUAUUUGAUAUUUUUUCUGAAAAAAUUAAAUAUGCUGCUGCUAAUAAAUUAGAAUAUGGUUCAUGCAUUCCUAAUGAUGUAUUAUUUGAUCAUUAGAUAAAUAAUGAUAAUUCUCUGUAAGAUUAUAUUUAAUAAAUAAAGAUAUUUUAUAGAAAAAGGAGAGGUAAUCAUUUAAGAAAGUGUGACAAAAAAAUAAUUAGAAACAUUUAAAUCUGGAUCUUAUUUUGGUUAAUAUUAAUUUUUUACUAAUUGUUCAUUACCAAUAAGAGCAGUAAGUUAGACUUUUACAUAGAUAUAUAAGAUAUCUAGAAAUGAUUUUUUAAAAGUAUUGAAUACUAGUUCUAUUGAUUUUGAAACUUAUCAUAAUAUAAAAGAUAAGUUACUUCAUGGAAAGGAAAUGAGCAUUAUAAAUUAGAAAUGUAAUAUUUGUUCUUCAGUUACUCAUAUCAAUGUGUUUUGUCCUAAAAUUAGUUAUCAACCAGAUUUAGAAAGAUUAAUUAAGGCAGAAUAUUUUGUAAAAUAAGAAAGGAAAUUGAUUACUCGAAUAGAUAGAUAAAAAAUCAAUUCUUUAGGUGAUUAUGAAAAUAUUGUGACUUCAGUAACUUAAUAUUAAUAAUAACAAUUUNUUAAAUUAUACAGUCGUUUAAAUAACUAUAUUGAUUGUUUAUAUAUGAGUGGAAGUUUGAGUGAAUUAAUAGAUUUGAUAAUCUUGAUUAAUUGUAUAUUCUUUUGUAUUCAUAUAUUUGCAUGUUAUUGGACAUAUAUAGGAUUUGCUACAGAAGAUUAAGGGAUUAAUUGGUUGAUAAAGAAUUCAGUAGAAAAUAAAGGACAUUGGAUUUAAUAUAAUGUAGCAAUAUAUUGGGCAACUAUGACAAUGGUAACAGUUGGAUAUGGUGAUGUAACAGCUGGAAAUUAGUAUGAAAUUUUAUAUUCUAAUUUUGCUAUGUUUAUCAGUAGUUUAGUAUUUGCAUAUUCAAUGAAUUCAAUUGGAAUAAUAAUUAAGAAUAUAUAAGUAUCAUCAAGUUUCUAUAAGUAAUAUUUGAUAUGUAUUUUUAGGAAAAACUUAAUUUUAAUGAAUACUUAUAUGAAAAAUAAUCUGGUUUCAGAUUCUAUUUAAAAUAGAGUGAGAAACUUUUUGAAAUAUUAAGCAGAAAAUAAUUAAUAAGCAAAUACAUAAGAUGUAUAAUAUAUAUAUUCUAUUGAUAGAUUCAUAAUAUUAUUGAUGAUUUUCCACCUUUACUUUAAGAUGAAUUAAAAUAAGAUAUUAAAUUAAGAAUACUUAAAUAAAUUAAAUUAUUUGAUAUUUUUUCUGAAAAAAUUAAAUAUGCUGCUGCUAAUAAAUUAGAAUAUGGUUCAUGCAUUCCUAAUGAUGUAUUAUUUGAUCAUUAGAUAAAUAAUGAUAAUUCUCUGUAAGAUUAUAUUUAAUAAAUAAAGAUAUUUUAUAGAAAAAGGAGAGGUAAUCAUUUAAGAAAGUGUGACAAAAAAAUAAUUAGAAACAUUUAAAUCUGGAUCUUAUUUUGGUUAAUAUUAAUUUUUUACUAAUUGUUCAUUACCAAUAAGAGCAGUAAGUUAGACUUUUACAUAGAUAUAUAAGAUAUCUAGAAAUGAUUUUUUAAAAGUAUUGAAUACUAGUUCUAUUGAUUUUGAAACUUAUCAUAAUAUAAAAGAUAAGUUACUUCAUGGAAAGGAAAUGAGCAUUAUAAAUUAGAAAUGUAAUAUUUGUUCUUCAGUUACUCAUAUCAAUGUGUUUUGUCCUAAAAUUAGUUAUCAACCAGAUUUAGAAAGAUUAAUUAAGGCAGAAUAUUUUGUAAAAUAAGAAAGGAAAUUGAUUACUCGAAUAGAUAGAUAAAAAAUCAAUUCUUUAGGUGAUUAUGAAAAUAUUGUGACUUCAGUAACUUAAUAUUAAUAAUAACAAUUUAAUAUGUAAUCAUAAAACAAUUAUGAGAAAAUGUCUUAAGAUUAUAGUGAUAGUUAAAUAAACUAAAAUAAUAAAUAUAAUUAACCUAGUUUAUAACAUUUAGCUAACUAGUAAAAUGAAAAAUAAUAAUGUAAUUUAAUUUAAUUAUAUUAUAUUAGAGAUGAUGAUUACAUAAUAUUCUUUAGGAUCAUAGAUGCAAAAAUAACAUUCAAAAUAAUUAUUUUAUUAAAAAUCUAGAGAAAUUUAAAAUAAUGAAUAAAAUAUUGAUAUAGAAAAUGUUGUUAUUGCUGGACCAACAAUAUAAGUUUAGAAAUUUUCAACUAAAUAUGGAUUUUAAACUUCUGAUUUAGUUGAAGAUUAAUUAUAAUUUCAUUAUUGUGAUAUUGAUAUUGCCUUAAAAUCAUAGAUAUAUUUACCAUAAAAUCAUAUUUCAGUGGUUAUUGCUUAAAAUAAUUAAAGGCAUAAUAAAAUAUAAUAAUAAUGGCCUUUAAAUUAUAAAUAUACAUUCCUAUAUUAGGUAGCUCGAUUUUGUAAAUUAGAGAAAGUAAGUCAAAAUAAUCUAAAAAAAAAAAGAUUGGUCAUGAAGAAUAUAUAAAAAAAAGAAAAAUAGUGA